CUGAGGUUUGAACCCUCAAGCACCUCUCCUCCUCCAAAGCCCCUUCUCUCUCCUCUCCCUCUCGCAGCUCUCUCUUUCUCUCUCUAACCACCAAAACAGUCUGAAAGCCAUGGGCCUCAACAAAGCACCUGAACCGUUAAAACUCCUCUGCAGCUAUGGCGGAAAAAUCCUCCCUCGCCAUUCCGACGGCACGCUCCGGUACGUCGGCGGCCACAAUCGCGUCCUCUCCGUCGAUUCAUCCAUUACGUAUACAGAGCUAAUGGUGAAGCUUGCGGAGUUGUGUGGCUAUUCUGUUGAAUUGCGGUGUCCGUUGCCGAAUGGAGACUUGGAGACCUUGAUUUCCGUCAAGUCCGACGAGGAUUUGGCGAAUAUCAUAGAAGAGUACGGUCGAGCUUCUUCUCCCCCUCAUUCUCUGAAGAUCAGAGCCAUUCUCUCGCCGCCGAAGUCCCUGAAGCAAAUCUCGCCUCCGAUGUCUACUGCUACGAGCGGCGGCGACUCGUCCCCUUCGAAAUCGCUCUUCUCAUCCGCUGAUUCGCCUCGAGUUUCGCCCCCGCAACGGUUCGUUUCGCCUCAAGUCUCGCCACCGAGGCGCUACGUUUCGCCGCAAGUCUCGCCACCGAAACGGUACGCUUCGCCGCCUGCUAGAUACCCCGCCGGGCAUCAGCGAGGGUCCGGACGAGUCUGCUACUAUCCUUGCCAUCUCCAGCCUCAGAGUCAGAGGAGUGGCCCCUGCGACAUGUCGUAUGUUCAUCAUUACCAGCAGUAUCGUCACUACCACCAUCAUCCUCACUACCACCAUCAUCCUCACGUUCCCCAAUGCGACAUGUCGUAUGGAAGGAGCUUCACACAGAGGACAUAGAUGACGUAAUUAAUCAAAAAUAUAUUUUAAAAAACAUAUACAGAGGGUGAAAUUUUGUGAUUGCGUUUUGGAAUGAAGGAUUUUUUUUUUCUUCAUUUAAUUUUUUAUAUUUUUUUAUACAUAUUUUUCGAAGUCGUAUAUAAUGGCAAAGAAAAAUAUAGUAGUGCUUGAAAUUUGUGGCGCCGUCAAUCACGGUACCACUUUUAUCGUUUGGAUACCGUUUGUCGCCGUUAAUUCAGCGCUGUACACUGCCAGCAGUAUGUCCCUCCCUACGUGCCACGUAGUGCGUUAUUGUUUUCUACCGGACAAAAUAGUCCAAUUAAAGUCGGUUCGCCGUUGACACGUAACGUUUCUGUUACUCUAUUUCGUUGUUCAUGUUAAUAUUUGUAUUUUUGUGUGCUAAUUAUUUUUUCUUUUCCUUUUAUGUUUGCAGGUGGUGCUUGCGUUUCGCAUGUGAACCAGAUGUCGUUUUGGCUGCGGGCCCGUGAGGAAUAUUCCCAAACGCAUAUGCCUUGAAAUUAUAAGGACGGCCAGCCUGGUCUUUAGAUUUAGUGAUGAUUAAUUAGGACCCAUAAUAUGAGAAAUUUUGCAGUGUGCUGGAAACACGGUUUGGUACGUUAAAUGUUAUAAUAUAAUUGGUUGGAACUUCUUUUUAA